UUACCCGAUUAAUACACCAACAAAAAUUAAGCUUCUCGACAUCCGGAAAUUCAUAUGGCGCAUGCUCAGUCAUAACAAAAUGUCGGAAGACGAAUUUAUGUGUGACGACGAUGAAGAGUACGAUUUGGAAUAUUCAGAAGAAAGUAAUUCAGAGCCUGAUGUUGACUUAGAAAACCAGUACUACAAUUCAAAAGCAUUAAAAGACGAUGACCCAAAAGCCGCACUUGAUAAUUUUCAAAAGGUGUUGGAGCUUGAAGGCAAGGAUAAAGGUGAAUGGGGCUUCAAGGCAUUAAAACAGAUGAUCAAAAUCAACUUUAAAUUGACAAACUAUGAUGAAAUGAUGCGGAGAUAUAAGCUAUUACUGACGUACAUCAAGUCAGCGGUUACACGCAACUAUUCUGAGAAAUCUAUCAACUCCAUCCUGGACUACAUAUCAACAUCAAAGCAGAUGGAGCUUCUACAGAACUUCUAUGAGACAACACUGGAUGCACUUAAAGAGGCAAAAAAUGAAAGACUUUGGUUUAAAACCAACACAAAGUUAGGAAAGCUGUAUUUUGAUCGCGGGGAUUUUAACAAGCUGCAGAGAAUACUCAAACAAUUGCACCUUUCCUGUCAGGUACGCACUAAUCUUACUGACGAGGGUGAAGAUGACUUGAAGAAGGGCACACAACUGUUGGAGAUCUAUGCUUUGGAAAUACAGAUGUACACAGAACAGAAAAAUAACAAAAAACUCAAGGCCUUGUAUGAACAGUCAUUGCAUAUAAAGUCUGCCAUUCCUCAUCCCCUGAUCAUGGGUGUGAUCAGGGAGUGUGGCGGUAAAAUGCACCUGCGGGAGGGCGAGUAUGAGAAGGCACACACAGAUUUCUUUGAGGCCUUCAAGAACUAUGAUGAGUCAGGAUCUCCCAGACGGACUACAUGUCUGAAAUACCUAGUGUUAGCCAACAUGCUAAUGAAGUCAGGCAUCAACCCAUUUGACUCACAGGAAACCAAGCCUUAUAAAAAUGAUCCUGAAAUACUGGCCAUGACUAACCUUGUCAGUGCUUACCAAAAUAACGAUAUAAAUGAAUUUGAGAAGAUUUUGCGUACAAACCGCCGGAACAUCAUGGAGGACCCGUUCAUCCGAGAGCACAUUGAGGACCUGCUGAGGAACAUAAGAACUCAAGUCCUGAUCAAGCUUAUCAAGCCCUACACCCGCAUACACAUACCUUUCAUUUCUAAAGAACUCAACAUAGAUCCAAUAGAGGUUGAAAAUCUUCUUGUUUCUUGUAUUUUGGAUCAUACGAUAGAUGGCCGUAUAGACCAGGUGAACUCAGUGCUGGAGCUGGACAGAGAAGGUCAGCAGUGUGCCCGCUACAACGCCCUCGACAAAUGGACCUUUCAACUGCAGUCCCUGCACCAGGCUGUCAUCAACAAGAUAGCAUGAGGCUACCGACUGGCUCAAGGAUUAUAUGGGCCGCGUUCUGAGAAAACUGGGCUAAAUGCAUGUGUGUAAAGUGCCGUCCAAGAUUAGCCUGUGCAGUCAUCACAUGCUAAUCAGGGACGACACAUUUCGCUUUUGUGGUGUUUUUAAUUUCAAGGAAGUCCCUCCUUGCCCAAAAUCAAGUUUAGGCGGAAAGUGUCAACCCUGAAUAGCCUGUGCAGACUGCACAGGCUAAACUGGGAUGACAAUUUACGCACAUUCAUUUAGCCCAGUUUUCCAAGAAUAACUCUUUAUAUUACUGUAUAAUGAGGCAGGCUGCGAAAUGCAUCUCUUCACCAGGCUGUGAUCAAUUAGAUUGUGUGAAACCGGCAACUAGUUUUUGGAUUCAUAAAUAUUACCAUGUUAUGAUGUAAUGAAAAUUGCUUUUUAUCCUAUUACCAGAUGAAAAUCAAUAGUAUAACGACGAUCGUAUAAACAUGAGCUUUAUACUAUCGCUAUUUUAAGAUCAGAUUUGGGUUUUUCCAAAAAUUGGAGAAUCUGUCAACUACGGAAAAACUAAAUCGUCAAAAAAUGCCAUAUUUGACAGUUAUUAAUGGAAAAUUGUGAGGAAAUAAUAGGAUAAAUAGAAUAUUAUGUGAGUUUUGGAUAAAGAUCAAGUUUAUCAUGCUCGGCACGAACCAUGUUAGCGCUCGGCAAGCCUUGCGCUACAUCGGUUCUAAGCCUCGCAUAAUAAACUUGAUCUUUAUCCAAAACUCACAUAAUAUUCUCUAUAUACAUUUAUACACUUAGCAUUCGUCAACUAGAUUGCAACUGGCAACUAGUUUUUGAAUCUACGUAUUACUGUUCCGAUACAUUAAUAUCUUAAUCAUAAUGAAGCAGACUGCUCUAUGCAUGGCUAGAUGGAAGUGUUCUAUCUGGAAUUCUGUCAUACUACACGUUUAUCCCUGAAUAUGCUAUUUAUAUGAAAGUACUUUACAGCUAACUGGAUGCUUAAAUACUAUUGAUAAGCAAUACAGGGGAGUCACAGUCUAUUGUUUCCAAUAGAUUAGGUACUCAUGAAGAAGAAUUAAGGAUAUUGCGUCUGGGUGAAAGAAAUUUGAUGAUGAUAUGUUAUUUUAUAACAGGAAGUUUCACUUAAUACAGGUCCUUUUUUAUUCUAUUCUUAAGUCUGUUUUAAGAAUAAUGUUCUGAAGUUGCGUAUUGCAUUGAUUUGUAUAAGAAGUUCAUGUUAUCGUUAAAGAUACUAUUAUUAGUUUGUUUCUUCCAACUAUAAUAUUCAUUUAAAGCUUGUGUAAUGCUUAUAAUAACUGUUUGCCAACGUUAUUAUUGAAUAAGAAAAAAUGCUAACCCUUAUAAAACAGAUUUUUUUAAUGAUUGAGGAAUCGCCUUGGGGGGGGGGGGGGUUAUGCCUCGAUGCUCAGGCAGUUUGACGAAAACGACCGUUAUGACAAGCUGCAGGUCUUUCCCCUUAUGGUCAUUGCCGGCCGUCAUUUUGGCCGUAAACCUUAACCUGGAUUUGACUGUCAGUACGGUUCUGUGUUUUGUGGAAGUCCGUAAUUUAUGUGAUUUGCAAUUCAUUUGUAUAUAUUCUUGAUGUUUAUACGUGUCAUGCCAUUAUUAUAGUAUGUGUUUGUUCUCAUAAAAAUAUUCAAAACUUUA